AUGCGAUGCGCGAGCAAGGCCGCCGAGAGCGCGUCGGCACGUCUCUGUGCGGACGCCGAAGCAGAAACAACAGCAACUGAUGUCUCAUCGGUUGCUGAAGCGACUCAGCCUGUGUCACCUGGUGAUGCAGGCGCUCAUCAUGAAGACACUCAUGUCUUCACAGAGUAUGAGCUCGGUGUCUCAUACUCUCCUGAUACGGAAGACGGAUCCGUAUCGACGGCGAUCGAAUCUAAGCCGCCUGCCAAGCGUGGCAUGGAUGAUGCUAUGCGUCGUAGCAUCUUUGGUUCAUCUGAUGAAUCAGAUGAACCAUCGCCGAAGCGAAGGCGCUCGAGGUCGCGAGACUCGGGCGUUAACAGUGGUCAGGAAGAGCGGGACCGCAGUGUGUUGCGUCUCGCUCCUGAAAAGAAGGCAUGGAUGCCUCCUAAAUCCGUCUUGGAUCACUUGUCGGCGACGACGAGUGAUCGUUAUCUAACACGGUUGUUCGAUUCGUCAAGGAUCCAUCACCUUGACCCCAGUCCGAAAAACUAUCGCGCUGAGAAUGAUUUCUUCAUCGAUGCUUUCUUUAAACAUCGAUGGUACAGUGGGAAUCACACACGUGAUGGUCCCUCACUGCUUCAAGCGUGGAACGCUUACAUCCAUAAUCUUGAGGAUGUAGGUCGUGACGUAUGGAACGACAAACUUAUCAAAGCUCGUGAUAAGUUUGAAAAGCGAACCCCGACAGGUGCACGCUACAAGCUGCAUCGUCUGUCUAAGGAGAAAGGGUUACCCUGCCUCUCCUGGGGAGACUCGUGCCCAUGUUGUGUGAACAACUCUGCACGAGCACCUAAGGAGGCUUACCUCCUUACUAGCCCGUGGUGGCGCGUACGUAUCUCUAGUGAGAUGUACGAAGAGAUUGACAACCUAAAAUCCCUUUAUGACCGUGCCGGGAAGACUUUCUCCGGCGGUCCUUCUGCAGCACAAGAUGUGCCGUGUCGUACUGCUCAACCAGACCCAGUACGUCAACCAUCAGUUGGGAGAGGGGCUCCCAAGUAUCCCAGGACGGAAGAUAACCGCGCCACCGGACGAGAUAACUCGUCCGACGUCCGUUCACGUCGCGGUGGUUCAACAGCUGCUCAAAUAGAUAGCGCUGGCCACCGCGAGAGUUCUCUAAUGGAGGUGGAGGAGGAGGAAAGACGCUCUCCACACAAUCGUGGAGAAGCGUGUGUUCCCGAGAGCUUCUUUGAUCGCGUAACGCAAGGGUUACGCGGCGAUCUCGAGCAUGAGCGGAAUAGGCGUCUCCAAAUGGCGGACACUGUCUUGAAGCAUCGAGCUGAGUUUGCCUUUGCUCAGCUUGAGAACGAGAGAGCUCUGACGUCUCUGCGUGAUGAGCUAAGGGUAGCUCGUGGGAAUGUUGAUCGGUCUCGGGCUGAGAUAACCGCUCUUCAGACCCUUGUCGAUGCCCACCAUUGGGAGCACAAGACUCUCUGCGAGAUGCUUGAGCGCAAGGGCGUUCUUCAUCGGAAGAAACAGCGUACUGAUGGUACGGCUUAA